AACGUGCUCAGUGAUGUGUUUUACCACCUUUAAUUGUCCAAAAUUCUUAAAUAAAUGAUCAAUAUUUAAAUUUCAUUCAAACGACCAGCGAUAACCGCUUUUGUAAGAAAGAAGUUAUUGAAUUUGCACGCAAUCGUGCACCGCCGAAAGUGACGUUAUUUGUAUCUUUGUAAUUAUCACGCAUAAUUAUCGAGCACGUUUUUGAUAUAAAAGUGCCGGUACGAGCUGCUGUGAGGGUCAUACUACUUUUAAAGACGAAUUAACUAAUGUACACCUCAGUCUGUAGAGUGCAAGGAGCAGUUAUUAAUUCAUGUAAAGAUUGAACAUGAAGAGUUUCUUUCUACUUCUACUGUGCCAGUUAAUUUUAUUUGCUGCUGGCCAACCAUUGAAAUCACCAACUGAUAUCGACGCCACAAGCAGAAAUACCGCACAGAAAAGAGUACAUAGAGCCUUGAAGCCUGACCCUCCAAUCUGCAGUUUCAACCAAUACUUUGACAAAGAGGAGGGACGUUGUUUAGGCGUAACAGGUGGUGGCAGAGUGCUCUACAUAAAUAGCACAAACACGUGUAGCGUCAAAGCGUUGCAGCCUCACUGUACUAACCCUAGAUAUUACUACAUUUGCAAAAAUGACAAAACUAUUUUGGCCGAGUGCAUCCAAGGACAGCAUUUUGAUAGUCGUCUACAAAAAUGUGUCGACGUGAAUCCUGAAGACUUAGUCUCCUCUACUGCUCAACCGAAUCUGGAUACAUUUGAAUCUAUUCAACUUCCCGAAUGCAAGGAACCUGGGCCUUUUCCGGUACCUGAUGACUGCACCUUGUUCUAUACUUGUGAAACAAAUGGUCACAGGAUGUUCCAAAGUAUCUUCAGAUGUCCUAAGGACAUGGCGUAUGAGACAGAAACGAAAAUGUGUGAUUUUUCAUCCAGCUGUAAUGGCACAAACUUGAACAUACCAUUCUGUGCUUCUGUAAUUAACAGAGAGCACCGACAUGUAAAAAAACCUACAAAAGUGACUCAUACUACUGAUACAGCAACUAUUUUUGAUACGAUAAGCACUGAGGAUAGCAUGGAAGAUGUUACGUUAGCGAAUACCGUUUCUGUGACGCCAUAUGAUAAUCCUACAUCCACUUUUCCUUAUAAUGAUUUGUCGUCGACUGAAUUCAAUGCGUUUGUUGACGAGACCAGUUCGACGGAAUCAAAUCACUUGCAUUCUUUAGAUACUACAACAUUUUCGUAUUCAUCAACAAGCGGAGAAUUCUUGCCUACAGAUCAGUUUACAGAAACUUCCACGUUUGUAGGUAGCACACUUGAAACAGAUUUACUUAGUGAAGGAUUGAGCACUGAAAAUGCAGUUACUGAAGUUGUUACAUCUUCAACGUCUAGUAGUGAAGAAAUUUCGACCACUGAAAAUAGCAUGGUUGCAGAAAAAAUUGUGCAGUCAACUACUGAAUUUGUAACAACUUCAACAACUGAUUUCUUAACACCUGAUAAUGCAAAUUUUGAAGUGCAAACAACUGUAAGCACAGAGACAAGCACUUUGGGAUUAGAGAGUUCAACUUCAAUGAAUUCUGAAUUAAAUGAACAAUCUGAUUUGUCUACAACUGAGAAAGAAACAGAUGCAACUGAACAAGUAACAGAACCUAGUGAAAUGGAACAAGAUUUUCCAGAUGUUUUUUUGGCUAUGAAUGAACCAAAUGAUACAAAUUCCGAAUCUGUUACUUCUACUUCUACUGAAGUUGGUUCUACUUCAAGUGAAGUAGAUGUUACAACUCAGUCUGUCAGUGAAGAAACAAGUCCUGAGCAUACUACUGUUUCAGCUGACUAUAGUCCAGAGACUACAGUAACUGAUAAACAAGACUUCAAUGAGAGCACAACUGAAGAAAUUACAGAAGACCCCAUGCUUCUAUUAAAUAAUGAAUUGUCAAGGUUAACCACUGCAAACUCGAAUGAAAAUGAAAACAGUACUAUAUUAUCCACAACAAGUUCUUAUGAUGCAAAUACAGAAUAUUUAAAAAAUGACAUGAAUAAUCAAAGUGCUGUAACUAAAGCACCUGAUAAUGCGAACAUAAAUGCAGACGAUAAAUCAUUUGAACAAGACAAACUGUCAACCACAACGCCAUCGGCUAAUAAUAUUCAGAACUCAGAAAAUGUAUCGAAUGCACCUACGUUGCGGACGGUAUCAGAUUCUAAAAGACCUGAAAUCAAUUCCGACUCGCUUAAUAAGCAAUUGCAUUCUUUAGUGCCAGAUAAACAAAACGCAGCGUCGAAGGAAAAUGAUAUACCAAAAUAUGAAUCUGCAACUAUGCCAAACAUGAUGCCUUCUACAGGGAGAGUAUCAACAGACGUUAUAUUACCAAUUAUGUCAGCAGUAUUUCGUAUCAUUGAUAUGAUUGAACGGUGUUUGUUGCAAGUAUUAGGCACAGUUCAACAUUGAAAACUGUUUAUAAAAUAUAAGUUCAUUUUAUUAUCUUUAUA